CCACAUAGUCGUAGUGACUACCCACCCCAGGCACGGCCGGGCCAUCGUGCUCUAGGCAUCACUGGCUGAUGCCCAGAUUAUGUAUGCAACGCCCCCAUUCACACACAAGCACACGCACUCCCCAGCCGCUUGGCUUGCUAACCUUGUGCGUCGACUAGACGUACCCGAGCUAGCCUUCCGAGCUCCAAAGGGACACGCCGCGGCCGCACGCUCAAAAGGAACAUGAUAUAAGGCGGUGCACCAGCCUCUCCCUCUCCCGGCCGCAUCCCCCGUUUCUUCCUGGCCGUGAUACGCACGCCUUGACAUAGACGACCUGUGCAUCUCCGUCCCUCUCCUUUCUUCUUCUCCACACCACCAGACCCUAGAUAUAAAGCAGCACGCGCGCGCUCCAGGAAGGGGCAGAUCAUCUAUGGUGUUGAGGGCUUGCGCAAUGGAGGGAGCGGCAGGCUUCGGCGUGCAGUUCUUCGAGUGGCUGAAACCGAUCGGUUCAUCGCCGCCGUCCUCCUCGUCGAGGUCCUUGUCCCUCUCGACGCCAUCGAUCGACCGGUCACUCGGCGAAGGCCAUGAACGAGAUACCAUGCUGUGCUUGCCACUUCUUGGUAGGCUCGAGGAGAAGGCGGCUACCGAUCCUGGCCAGAGCCCUGUCAAAGAAGAGGUUAGCAAUAUUACUGCCGCCGGCCCGCAAGAAGAUCAGGCCAGUGUUGAGCUGAACAUCGGCUUGCCGUCGAGCGGUUGGUAUAGCUCUGAAGAAACGCCCAUGGACGAGGAAGAUGAGGAAGAGGAUUCGGAGAAGGAGGAGGAGAAGCCAAGGCAGCACGAGAGGUGCAAGGUUGAAGCAGGAGAGCAAGUGCACGGUGAGAUGGUGGAGUCCGUGGAGGUAUCAGACAGCAUACGUGUCGGUGGGGAGGAGAACAUGAUCGAGGGCGUCAUCGGCAGCUGCGGCCGGCGGUAUUGGAUCCCGACGCCGGCGCAGAUACUCCUCGGCCCGGUGCAGUUCAUCUGCCAUGUCUGCAGCAAGACAUUCAACAGAUACAACAACAUGCAGAUGCACAUGUGGGGCCACGGGCGAGAGUACCGGAAGGGCCCGGAGUCGCUCAAGGGCACGCAGGCGGAGACUCUGGUGCUGCUGAAGCUGCCGUGCUACUGCUGCGCGCCAGGGUGCCGCAACAGCGUGGCGCACCCACGCGCGCGGCCGCUCAAGGACUUCCGCACGCUGCAGACGCACUACAAGCGCAAGCACGGGGACAAGCGCUUCGGCUGCCGCCGCUGCGGCAAGCCCUUCGCCGUCAAGGGCGACUGGCGCACGCACGAGAAGAACUGCGGCAAGCGUUGGUUCUGCGCCUGCGGCUCCGAUUUCAAGCACAAGCGAUCCCUCAACGACCACGUCCGGUCCUUCGGUGGCGGACACUUCCCCGUUGCCGUCCCUGACCAGGCGGCCGCCAUCACUGUGCCGCCACGGCCCUGCAAAGAGCGCAUCAUACGCUUCGAUCAGCGCCAUGGAGCACAUGCAUGACGGAUUAACAGGUAUAGAGACCAUUGGAAAAGGAUGAGUACGUACUACUUAGACCUAUACGUACGCGUACAUGCAUAGAAAAUAUGAAGAGGUUGCCUCGGAGGCUGUGAAGUAGGUGAAUUUUCUUCUGAAGGAGAGGAGCUGCAGAGACUGUUAUGAUUAUGGCUUAGUUGUCUCUAGCUCAAUUUGCAAAGGGAGAAAAUUUUUCAGCUUCACAUGCUAAUAUUUGGCAGCCAUGUAUCAAUAUUUGCAUGACUCACAUUUAUUAAGUAGUUGUUAACAUCUCAUGGAUCGGUCAAUAUUACAUGUGGAACUUGAUCAUUUGCAAAA